AUGACACAAAAUAAUAUAUUAGUAAUAAUUAUAUUUAUAUUAUUAACAUAUAUUGCAUUAUUACCAUCAUAUUCAAUUUUUUUUUUAAGAUAUCAAAUUGAUUUAGAACCACAAUCAUAUUCACCCCAACCUGAUUUAACUAAUGCAAGUGACCAAUAUAAAACAGUUUCAGAAUUUUAUCUAAAUGAUGCCGAAUAUGUUAAAUUAGAUGUUGAAGGACCAGAAUCAAUUGCAGUUUCAAAAGAUGGUAAAAAGGUUUAUUUCGCUUUAAAAACUGGUAAUAUUCAUUCAUUAUCAGCACCCUUUUUACCAGUUCCAAGAAAAUUAUUAGAUCAAGCAUUACCAACAAAAACCGAAUACGUUUUAACUUGUGGUCGUCCUUUAGGUAUAACAAUGGAUAAUGAUGAUAAUUUAGUUAUAGCAGAUUCCGUCAAAGGUUUAUUAAAAUUUGAUAUUAAAUCUAAUCAACUUUCAAUUUUAACUUCAUCAUUUUUAAAUUCAAAUAAAACUCAUUCAAAAUUAAAUUUUGUAAAUGAUGUAAUUGUUGGAAAUGAUGAUAUGAUUUAUUUUACAGAUAGUACAAGUAUUGCGCCAAUUUUAGAUAAUACUGGUGAUUGGAAUACUUUAAUACCAUCAAUGUAUACAUUAGUUACCACUGUUAGUCAUGGUAAAUUAUUAUCUUAUAAUCCAAAUACAAAGGAAACUAAAGUUUUAAUGGAUGGUUUUAAAUAUUCAAAUGGUGUUGCAUUUGAUCCAAAAGAAGAGAGUAUUUUCAUUGGUGAAACCACUGGAUGUAAAGUUUUUAGAUACUGGAUCAAAGGUGCAAAUAAAGGUAAAUCUGAAGUUUUCAUUGAUAAUUUACCAGGCUAUCCAGAUGGUGUUGAUGUUGAUUUCAAAGAAGGAAAACUUUAUAUUAGUAUAUUUGGUGGUAGAAAUUGGUUUAUAGAUUUAAUUCAUCCAUAUCCAAUACUCAAAAAUAUUUUCUUGAGAAUACCAUAUUUAAAAAUGAGACCUCAAAAACCUUCAAUAGUAGUUGCUGAUACUCAAACUGGUAAAAUCUUAAAUUAUUUCCAAACCUCUAAUGAUUUUCCAACAAUUACAAGCACAAUUGAACAUAAUGGUAAAAUUUUAAUUGGUAAUCUUUUAAGUGACUUUUUUACAAUUAUUAAAAAAAAAUAA